AGAGAGAGAGAGAGAAAGAGAGAGGAGGAGGAGAGAGAGAGAGAGAGAGAGAGAGAGAGAAAGUGAGGAGAGAUCUCAGCGGGUGAAAGAGGGACAUUAUCUUCCUCUCCCUUCUUCAUCCGUCCGUCCGUCCAGAAGAAAAACAGUUAAAGACAGAAGGAGUACACGCGCUGCUGAAUAUCAUUCUGCAUCAAUUAAACCAGCCUUUAAUGCACGCGCGCUCUUAAUUGCCACCUGGUGAAGCGCGCGCUGAGACGCACUUCUAGCACUUCUAUUAAAAAAGGCUUUCGCGUGCAGAACCAAAACGUUUCUCUGACUUCAGGUGAAGAAGUGGGAGCCAAGAGGGGAAUUAUCGGCCGCCCAAUAAUCGAUAGCUUCUAAAGGUGAUGGAUCGAUGGAGUCCAGUGCUCCAGACAUGGCUGCUGUUGCUUCUCGUCUCGGUGUUUUACACCUCCAGGGCAGCCGAUCCUAUCGAUGUCCUGAAGGUCCUGGAGCUGUCGGAGGACAUGGAGGGCGUGUCGUUGGAGUCGGGACUGUGCACCAGCAGGCAGGGACGAGAGGAGACGGACCUCUCCUUUAAGAUCGACAAGAAGAUUCAACUGAGCGCGCCCACAAAUCAACUCUUCCCUGAUUCACCAUUCCCUACGAACUUCUCAGUGAUGACAACAGUCAGAGCGGUGAAAGGCUCACAGGUCUUUCUCCUCUCCCUGUACGACCCGCAGGGCACACAGCAGCUGGGCGUGGAGGUUGGCCGUUCUCCUGUCUUCCUGUAUGAGAACCACGAGGGUCAGCCCCCUCCAGAACUUUACCCCACCUUUAGAAAGAUCAACCUGGCUGAUGGCAAGUGGCACAGAGUAGCCUACGGUGUGGAGGGCGAGUCGGUGACUCUCUACCUGGACUGUGUCAAAGUGGACACCCUGGAUCUGCUCAGAGGUCACGACCCCCACGUCAGCACUGAGGGGGUCACUGUGUUUGGAACACGACUGCUGGACGAAGACGUGUUUGAGGGAGACAUCCAGCAGCUGCUGAUCGUCGAUGACCCCGGAGCUGCAGAGAGGUACUGUCGGGACUACAUCCCAGACUGCGACGCACCUUUACCCUACAACAGCAUAUUAGCAGAGGCCGUGGAGGUGGAGAGAGUACCUAAGAAACACGUGGUGGAGGAGUUUGAGGAGUUUGACUACAGUGACCUCUAUGAAGACUUCUCUGUUUCCUCGGUGACAGCAGGCCCUAAUGUCACCGAGUACGAGAUCGUAGAGUACGAAGACUAUGACAACACAUCAGAUUUCUACCAUGUGAACGAGUAUGAAUACGAGGAAGAAUACGAUGAGCGUUACGGACCGGCCGAGAGGGAAGGGGAGUUAUCUCUUAACGCACAGGAUAUACCAGAGAAAGGAGACAAAGGAGAGCCGGGCAUUUUGGGAGCGGGAACGCAGAUUACAGGACCAUACGGGCUGCCAGGACCUGAGGGAGAGGCCGGGCCUUCUGGAAUCACAGGACCAGUAGGACCUCGAGGAGACCCCGGGGAGCUGGGCCCUCAAGGGCGGCCAGGCCUUAACGGAGCUGAUGGGAUACCAGGUCCACCAGGAAACAUCAUGCUCAUACCGUUCCAGUCAGGUGGUGGUGGUCCAAAGUCAGGGACUGUGGUUUCUGCACAGGAGGCGCAGGCUCAGGCCAUCCUGCAGCAGACCAAGCUGGCUAUGAAGGGACCUUCAGGGCCGCUCGGCCUCAGGGGAAGACCUGGACCACUGGGUGCACCUGGUCCCUCUGGGCUGAAGGGGACCAGUGGAGAUUCGGGGCCACCGGGUCAGCCAGGAUUGUCAGGUGGCACAGGUCAGAACGGACGAGGCGGGAAAAGGGGUCGAGCGGGUACAGAUGGCGGCCGUGGUGCGAUAGGAGAAUCUGGAACGAAGGGGGAUAGAGGGUUUGACGGCUUACCAGGUCUCCCUGGAAACAAAGGGCAUAAAGGGGACAGGGGUAAACCGGGUCUUCUAGGUCCUUCUGGAGAGCCAGGAGAAAAGGGCUCUGAGGGGCCGUCUGGGCCAAGAGGACAACCAGGUGAUGCUGGUUCCAGAGGUCUGAACGGUCCCAGAGGUCGUGCUGGACCCUCAGGCCAGCCUGGCAUUCGAGGAAUUGACGGGGUUCAAGGUUCAAAGGGAAACUUCGGAACCGUAGGAGACAUCGGAGCACCCGGACAGCAAGGCAACCCUGGCAUUGUGGGUUUUCCUGGUCCUCAGGGGUUAGUAGGACUGCCAGGAGAGAAGGGGCCUCAAGGGAAGAAAGGGAUACAGGGCUUACCUGGAAACGACGGGCCCUCAGGUCACCCCGGAAGAGAAGGUACUCCAGGUGAAAAAGGACUGCCGGGUCCUUCAGGAGUGCAGGGCCCUGUUGGAUACCCUGGACAACGAGGAGUCAAGGGAGCAGAUGGAAUCAGAGGAUUAAAGGGAAGCAAAGGCGAAAAGGGGGAGGAUGGUUUCCCAGGGGCCAAAGGGGAGUUUGGAGUAAAAGGGGACGUCGGAGACAACGGAGCCCUAGGUGGCCGAGGAGAAGACGGGCCUGAGGGGCCCAAAGGACAGAUGGGUCCUCUAGGAGAAGCUGGCUCUUCUGGUACUUCAGGAGAGAAGGGGAAACUGGGAGUUCCUGGGCUGCCAGGAUAUCCAGGGCGACAGGGGCCUAAGGGCUCUGAAGGAUUUCCUGGUGCACUGGGAGCUGCAGGAGACAAGGGGAAGAAAGGUCCUGCAGGACAAGCGGGAGGUGGAGGCCAGAGGGGUCCGAAUGGUGCACGAGGCGGCAGAGGAGCAAGAGGGCCAACAGGGAAAUCAGGAGAAAAGGGCGUCUCCGGACAAGAUGGACCCCAGGGAUCUCCUGGAGAGAGGGGACCUCAAGGGCCGCAAGGGAGGAAUGGAGAGUCAGGACCUAAAGGAUCAAGUGGUCCUGCUGGGAAAGACGGACUUCCAGGUCACCCAGGUCAACGAGGAGAGCCGGGAUUCCAAGGGAAGACGGGGCCUCCAGGACCCUCAGGUGUUGUCGGGCCUCAGGGCAAAUCAGGUGAAUCCGGUCCAACAGGAGACAGAGGUCACCCAGGGGCGCCAGGUGUACCUGGAGAGCAUGGUUUACCUGGGGCUGCUGGGAAGGAAGGUGGAAAGGGUGAUCCAGGUUUACCGGGGACAUUUGGGAAGAACGGUCCUCAAGGACUGAAAGGGUUCAGAGGGAGCAGAGGAGCCCCUGGAAUUAUGGGACCUCCUGGUCUGAAAGGAGGAUCAGGACCCACUGGAUCAUCAGGAGCCAUAGGGUUGACGGGUGAGAGGGGCCCUCCGGGAACAGCAGGUGCUAUCGGACAACCUGGUCGGGGUGGAGCAAUCGGAGGACCUGGACCAAUGGGAGAGAAGGGCGAGCCUGGAGAGAAGGGCCCGUUUGGACCAGCCGGUCAGGAUGGAGACCAGGGACCUGUAGGGAUGCUUGGGGCUACGGGCCCCGCAGGACCUCCAGGAGACGACGGGGAUAAGGGAGAGCAGGGAGAAUCCGGACAGAAAGGCAGCAAAGGAGACAAAGGGGAAGGAGGCCCCCCAGGCCCUACUGGCACUCAAGGUGUAGUUGGUCAGUCAGGACUUCCGGGUGUAGAUGGAGAGCGAGGCCCCCGGGGCCAGCAGGGCAUGUACGGUCCCAAAGGAGACGAGGGACUCCGCGGGUUUAAGGGAUCUAAAGGACCAAUAGGAUUACAGGGUAUGCCCGGCCUGCCAGGAGAGAAGGGUGAGAGCGGACAUGUGGGACUAAUGGGUCCACCUGGUCAACAAGGCCCCUCUGGUCCUCAAGGACCUGUUGGUGGACAGGGUCCGGCUGGUCGACUCGGGAUGAUAGGACAGCCAGGUGUUGUUGGAGAGAAGGGGGAGGAUGGCGAGGCAGGUGACCCCGGAGCAGUUGGUGUUCCAGGAAGACUCGGAGGAAAAGGAGACCAGGGGGAGAAGGGAGAUACGGGCCUUUCAGGAGCAGCUGGUCCUCCAGGAGCCAGGGGCCCCACAGGGGAGGACGGAGCCAAGGGCAACGCUGGUCCUCCAGGUCUCACCGGGGACCUCGGACAGCAGGGAGAGGCUGGACCCAACGGUGUGGAUGGUCUGCCCGGGAGUAAAGGAGACACAGGAGACCCUGGGAAAUCUGGACCACCAGGAGCGGCAGGAGAACCUGGACCAUCUGGACCUCCUGGACGAAGGGGCCACUUGGGAAAAUCAGGAAAGGAAGGAAAGGCGGGCCUGAAAGGAACGAAGGGUGCACCCGGUUUGGAGGGUCCCAUAGGGAAGACGGGGCCUGUAGGUGCCCAAGGACACCCUGGGAAGGCCGGUCCUCAAGGUUUAAGAGGGAUCCCUGGCCCUGGAGGUGAGCAGGGUUUGAAUGGACCACCUGGCCAGACAGGACCCCCAGGUCCCAUGGGUCCACCGGGAUUAGCAGGACUAAAGGGAGACCAUGGCAAGAAGGGAGACAAGGGUCACGGGGGUCUAAUAGGUCUGAUAGGUCCACCGGGAGACAUCGGAGAGAAGGGCGACAGAGGACUGCCAGGAAACCAGGGACUAUCGGGUCCAAAGGGAGAUGAGGGUCAAGUUGGUCCAGUUGGUCCCACCGGCCCCCCUGGCACCACGGGUCUGUCUGGUGCUAUUGGUACAAAGGGCUCUAAAGGAAACCAGGGUCCAAUUGGUCCCAGAGGAGACACUGGGCCUAUAGGACUUCCAGGACCACAAGGGAAGCCAGCAGCUGGCAUGUCCCCUAUGCCAGAGCGAGGACGGAGAAGGAGAACCCACACCUCAGUGGAUGGUGCUGCACUUGAAGAGGAGGAGGAGGAGGAGGCGACGAUAGAUGGAAGAGAGGAGGAGUGGAUGCAGAGGGACCAGGCGGAGCAGGGCGGUUGGAUGAAGGAGAAGGAGGGCCAAGGCAUGGAGGAAGUGUUUGCGUCUCUGUCCUCUAUGAAAGUAGAGGUGGAUGAUCUGCGUAACCCACAAGGGACGUACGACAGCCCCGCCCGCACCUGCAAGGAGCUCUGGCUCCUCCACCCAGAGCUCCCCAACGGCGAGUACUGGAUAGAUCCCAACCAGGGUUGCCAUAGAGACUCCUUCAGGGUGUUUUGUAACUUCACUGCACAGGGAGAGACGUGUCUGCACCCUGACAAGAAGUUCCAGUCGGUGAAGUUAGCAGCCUGGAAAGGGGAGAAGUCCGGCACCUGGUACAGUAAAUUCAGGAAAGGAAAACAGAUUUCCUACACCGGGUCGGACGACAUUCCAGUCCACGUGGUCCAGUUGACCUUCCUGCAGCUGCUGAGCGCUACAGCCAAGCAGACCUUCACCUACCACUGCCUCAACUCCGCCGCCUGGCUGCACGCCACCACCUACAGCCACGAACAGGCACUGCGCUUCAGAGGCGCCAACGGGGAGGAGCUGACACAUGAGAACACGCAUUACAUCAGCGCGCUGUACGACGGGUGUCAGACGCGCUCCGGGCAAGAGAGGACAGUGUUGGAAUUUGACGCUCCGCUUUCCAACACGCUCCCCAUCAUCGACCUGGCCGUGUCUGAUUUUGGGAAGGGGAACCAGAAAUUUGGUUUCCAAGUUGGUCCGGUCUGCUACAACGGUUAACCGAGCCGAGGGAGGUUACAACAGGAGUAAUUUAAUAGGAAAAAGAGCCAUGGACACUUUUUACAUGCAGGGAGAAAACUACAUUCAAGACUUACCUGGUGCCAUAUUUAUACGUUGAUUUACCUACAACAGUGUUCCUUCAUCAUCCUGUUAUACAGACAUUCAUCCUAUUCAUAUUAUACAUUCUCACAACUGACUCGCAUAUUGUGUUUUCAAGUAAAUGUAUUGACUGUCAACCACAUCCUCAGUUAUAUUCAAAUUUUAAUUUUUCUGUCAUUCCCCUUUGAGGGAGUGAGUGGUGCUCUCACUGUUUCAUCCAUGUCUGUUCAUACAUUUAUCGAUCUAUGCACUCAUUUCCCACCUAUACAUAAUCUCCAAACAUGAUCACUGAAUCAUCUUCAAAAAAUUCAAAAACACCAUUUUUCAGCAACAUUCACCCACCAUGUUCCUCUGUGAUAUCAUCAAACCUCAAUUUGCUGUGUUGUUUUUGUUUGUAGUUUUGUUGUUAUAAUUAUCUAUAAUGUGAUGUAUAGGAGUGUAAUUCAUCACGGUGCUAUUAUGUGGCUCCUUGCGGAGUGCAUUUCUUUGUAAAUGGGAACUGGGGCAGUGCAUUUUUUUUAUAUAUAUAUCUAUAUAUAUAUAUAUAUUGUGAAGCUGUGUUUUAUAUUUUUUUCAACAUAACAAACCAAACUGUGGUACAUGAUUGCCUCAAGGUCUUUCUAUGCAUAGUUGUGUGGGGAAGUGACUGAGUAACAUAUUUUAAUAAAAGUACAUAAUGUACAUUUAAAUUAA